GCUUUUAGAGGGAGCAGAGGGAGCGGCGGGAGCGCGCUUUCCGUGUCCGUGCUUUUGGAGCCUGACAAACAGCUGUGCGCCGCCACAGCCGCGGACUCGCCUCGUCCAAACAGAUUAAACAUUCAACAGAUUAAACGGAUCAGUUUAGGUCCGAGGCCGAGCAGAAUCGAGCCGGAGGAGAAUCGCCGCGUGAAGAAGCGAGACCGUGUUUUCCCCUCGUGCUACAGGAACAAGAGCGCGCACCAUGAACCCGAUGUGCAGCAAAUGUGAGCGAGUGGUUUACCCCGUGGAAAAACUCAACUGUUUGGACAAGUUCUGGCAUAAAUCCUGCUUCACCUGCGAGGUUUGCCAAAUGGCUCUAAACAUGAGGAACUACAAAGGCUUCAACAAGAGACCCUACUGCAACGCACACUACCCCAGCGCAACAUUCACUGUGGUGGCCGACACUCCAGAGAACCUUCGUCUUAAAGCCCAGUCUGAGAAACAGAGCACGGUUCUGUACAAACAGGACUUUGUGAAGAACAAAGGAAAUUUUACUUCAGUCACUGAGUCACCGGAGCUGGAUAGACUGAAGAAAACACAGCUACAAAUCAGCGAUGUUCGAUACCGCGAGGGAGAAAAGGGCAAAUACAUGGGCCCCACAGAUGACUCGGCCAACUACCGCCACGAGACACGUUCUGACCCGCGCUACGAGCCACGCAACGAGCCACGCAACGAGCCCCGCCAGGAGCGCGCCCCCGAGCCCGAACCCGCGCAUGUCCCCGAGCCCGCUGUUGGGAAACGAUACCGGGCGCUUUACGACUACGCUGCGGCCGAUGACGAUGAGGUGUCUUUCAUGGAUGGGGACGUGAUCGUUGGCGCUCAGCAGAUCGACGAGGGCUGGAUGCACGGCUGUGUGGAGCGCACGGGCCAAGUGGGCAUGCUCCCCUCCAACUACGUGGAGCAGAUAUGAGACGCAGACGCCACAGAGACGCCAGAGUCGACAGGAGGAAACGCCCAGUGCCAUCUCCAUCUUAAAGCCGCAUUUGAUUGAUUUUUUUUUUUUUUUUUAUACUAUUUUGUUAAUGCCCUCUUCUCCUCCUUUUCCUAGUCCUCUUCCUCCUCCUCCUCCUCCUUAGCCCUGCUCACCCAGUCCCUCAUAACUCUCUCUUUGUGUCUUCUGUGGGUGGGGGCUGCGGUCUGCAUCUUGUAUGGACCAUAAACAUCUCAUAUAUAUUUUAAUUCUCUCUUUAAAGGUGCAGUGUGUAACUUUUAUGGUGGAGGAUCUGUCAGAUGCUUGUCUCUAUGGAGACAGUGUUUCACAGUGUGGCAUUAAACCUUUCACCUUUGUGGAGACCAACAGGCCGAGUUCCAGGUGUGUGCAGAUCUCACUUUAAUCCAUGUAAAGUAGAGCUGUUUAAUAUCAUACUGUGGAACAUUCCAGGCAAAGCAAUGACGUAUCCAUAGAAACGAGCAAGUGAUGAACCCCCAAACAAAAAGCUGCAUAGUGCAUGUUUAAAUGUAAAGCGAUCACUCCCCCUUGCACAAACUAAACUGGGGCAGAUCAUAUCAUAGAAAAUGUGUAAUUCUUGAUCUUACCAUAGGGGGCGCUCUGUGCAGACGCUCUGAGCCGGUUUGGAGCCUGGUGCUUAGGGACAAGCUCAAACUCAUGAUGUCACUGAACAUGUGAGGUUUGAACACAGAGGCAAAGUCGUUUAAAUCUUCAUAGUAAAUUUCACCGAUUAGAAACAUGCUGUGCUAACAUUUUAAAACAGCACUAUGGAACUUUUUAUUGGGUUCGUCUCUAUGGAAAUGCUGUUGCUGUGCUUGAAAUGUUCCUCAGUGUGGCAUUAACUGUAUCCACUUUGCAUUUUCUUCAGUUACAGCUGCUUUUACUGCUCAAAACUACUGGGGUUGCCUCUCCACAGAUCUGACCUGUAACUUGGCCUGGUGCUGUCAUCUGCUUGCCUUUUUGGAAAUUAGUUUAAUGUCAUACUGUGGAACAUUCCAGGCCCUCCGCUACAGAAAGUUCCAUAGUGCUCCUUUAAAGCAUUCUUGCGUGCUCGCUAAAAUCAUUUGCACAGUUCUUAAAGGGACGUGUCUGUCAGCAGUGAAAAAAAACUGUGUCUGAACUUUAGUUUGAGUUGUACUUUCCUUUGAGCAUUUUCUCGAUAAAAAGCCACUUCGAUAUAAUCCAAGAGUUUUUAAUAUAUUUAUAUGUGGACAAAUAGGACUUCAGCACUGCAUUCUGGGUAAUAAAACUGGAACAUGUAGAGUACGAGCCGACGCUCGAGGCAUCAGGGACACGUUUAAGGGACAGUCCACCUUUAAACAGCCUCACUGGAAAUGCCACCUUAAGUUAGUGCCGAUACACCACCGUCGUCUUUAGACGCACGCUGUCGAACAGAUCUAUGAAUUUAUUGAUUGGAGAAAGAUGCGACUUAAACUGUUCCACAAAAUGACCUCUAGAGGCGCUCAUGGGGCAUUUUAAAAGGACGCUCGGUCACUUUACCUUUCCUCAGAUAAAUCAUCAUCAACAAGAGAUUUAAACUGAAGCAGGUUGUCGUUAGAGUGACCCAGUGGACCUUUCAGAUGACCACAGACUGGACCAGACUGGACCUUUCAGAUGACCACAGACUGGACACAUGUAGAGACCACAGACAGGGCAUGCUGUGUGUAAAGGGCAGGGCCAAGCACACAUCGCGUGUAGAGGGCGGGGCCAAGCACAACGCCAUACUGUAGUCUUCACAUUCCUUUGAUUUCUAGAGUUGUGGGUUCACAUCUUUGCUGUGACUUUGAUUUUUACUAGUCGUGUUUUUAAAAUUAAUGGCCAGAAUCAGACAUUUUAAAGCUCUCCCCUUAGUAUUAAAUCAACGACAGAUGGAGCUAGUGGCGUUUGAAGCUAAGCUAGCUGCAAAUAAUAAGAAUAAUAAAGUCUUAUAAAUAUUAAAGCUGCACUAUGUGACUUUUGUGAUGGAGGAUCUGCCACCUGCUCGUCUCUAUGGAGAUGUUAUUGUUUUGGCUGAAUGUUGCAAGUUACAAAUCAUUUAUUCAGUUACAUCAUCGCUAUGUCCAUUUAUAUAAAGUCUAACCUGCUAGUCGCCGCAUUCCAAACAGGAAGUGAUCAUGGGCGCACUUCCUGCUCCUUCGACUCCGGCCGGUCACACUCACAGCAGCCCGUAUAAAAACAUGGUGUCUUUUACUACUCAAAAAUACAUGUAAAAACAUCCACCUUUACUUUGAGUGAGGUCAUCUUUCCACAGAUCUGACUCCCUCCCACCCGAAAAAUUGCAUAGUGCAGCUUUACCUUUAUUAAUUGCAAAUAACCAUAAUAACACUGAAAUGUAAAGGUGUUGGUGAAAUCAUUUAUUUUGCUGGUAAUUCACAGAGGAGCUGUUUUAGCCGUUUUACUGCAGUUCUGUGAGUAAAAAUACUUCACUUUUAAAUACUUUGUGUAGUGGUGUAAAAGUGAUCACACGACGCACACGUGUCUUUGGGGUUUGGGCUCAAAUGUUCAACUUUUUUAAUAAAAAAGUGGCUCUACAUGAAGCCGGGGACUCUGCUCUUACAUGUAUCGUUUUGAGGAGUUGGGAAUCGUUUUACAUGUAUCGUUUUGAAGAGUUGGGAAUCGUUUUACUGUGGUGUGCUCGGAGAAGUGGCUGCAUACGUAAAAUAGUGGUUCUGAUAUUUUUGAGAGUAUACGUGAAAGUUAGGGUGAUUUUUUUUUUUUUUUUUCAUUUGCUUUUAAAGGUGCAUAAAAACAUGACACUUUAUGAUGUCAUCAUGUGGAAAAUGGAUUUUGAAUUGUGUUGGUGAAAUAGACCAAACUAAAGAACAAUCGUUUGGGGAUCUCUUAAAGUAUUUGCUCAUUCCUAAUUCAAAAGGUUUGUCGUUUGUCUGGAUGAAGUGAAACUGAAGCCGAGGUUCUGUGGUUCUGUUGAUUUUGAAAAACGUAGCUCCGUCGAGGCAGGAGAACGUUUAGACUUCAAAAAUAGUCGAGAUAUUAACACUUUCUCCAGAUAUCGCUGUGUUCUGAGACUCAAAAGCAUCUCAUUAAACCCCGUCAUGUUUCACCCUCCCCUCUGACAUCACUGUAAACUCGUCCCCCUCUGACAUCACUGUAACUUUUCCCUCUCUUGACAUCUGUAACUGUAACUCCUUCUGAAACGACAUCCUUCCUGGUUUAAAAUGCUCGACUUUGUAGAGAUGUAACCCCGUUUUUGUGCGUUCCAUUUUCAUUACUUUCAUAUAUUUGUGUUUUUUUAAUGACAUAAUCUGAUGAUGACAUAAUCUGAUGACAUAAACAUUUACAUCACGGUCCUGGUCUCACUGUCACCGUGUUUCAAACCCAUGAUUCUGCAGAUUCAAUAAAACCUCAUUUUUCUCA